GGGCCGGGGGGGAGGAGCCGCCGCCGCCAUGGUGUUUUACUUCACCUCUAACGUUGUUCCUUCCGUUUACACCAUUUACAUGGGAAAAGAUAAGUAUGAAAAUGAAGACCUAAUAAAGUAUGGCUGGCCUGAAGAUAUCUGGUUUCACGUGGAUAAACUCUCUUCUGCGCACGUGUACCUCCGGUUACACAAGGGACAGACGGUGGAUGACAUUCCCAAAGAAGUUUUGAUAGACUGCGCCCAUCUCGUGAAGGCGAAUAGCAUUCAAGGUUGCAAGAUGAACAAUGUCAACGUGGUGUACACGCCGUGGACUAACCUGAAGAAAACUGCAGACAUGGACGUGGGGCAGAUUGGCUUUCACAGGCAGAAGGAUGUCAAAAUGCUGACGGUGGAAAAGAAGGUGAAUGAGAUCCUGAACCGACUAGAGAAGACAAAAGUGGAGCGAUUCCCAGACCUGGCUGCGGAGAAGGAAGCUCGGGACAGAGAGGAGAGAAAUGAGAAAAAAGCCCAGAUCCAGGAGAUGAAACGGAAGGAAAAGGAAGAGAUGAAGAAGAAGAAAGAGCUGGAAGAACUUCGGUAAGUAAUAAAUUGUAGUGCCAGCUUCCGACUCUGCAGUUGUCAUCGGCGCUGGGAGGGAGUCGUGGGUCAGCAGUUUCUGCCCGGCGUUACUCAGUGCUCAGCUGACCUGCUCUGGCACAGACCUCUGCACGGCCCAGUGAUUGCCUUUGUCUUUAGAAUAAAUGCGUUUUCCCCCCUUUUCUCCUAAAAUAAA